AAUGGCCGGUUUGAUGCGUAGGGUCCUCCCGUUAUCGCUACAGUUUGCAAAGGGUGUGUUUGUCAAGCGAACCCCGCGACUCCACCCUUCAGCUGCCCUCGGCUGCCGGGCUUACGCUUCCGCUUGGACAACCGCGCAAUGUGACGAUCCGUCUAGGGCGAAGGAGUUAAACAGGCAAGCACGCGUGGAUCUGGCAGCCGUCUACCGCAUCCUUGACGAUCUGCAGUUCGGGGAGGGUGUUUGUAAUCACAUCACUCUCAUGGCUCCGGCCCAGUCCGGCCACGGAAAUGUGAUGCUCCUUAUCCCAUAUGGCUUGCACUGGAGCGAGGUUACGGCAUCGAGCCUCGUUGGACUAGAUGACAAGCUGCAAGUUGUGGAAGGAGAUGGAAUGGCUGAAACAACCGCUGCAUGUAUUCACACAGAGUUACAUCGCGCACGCCCUGAUGCGUCUUGCGUGCUCCAUGUACACCCACCCUACUCGACCGCGAUAGGAUUACUAAAGGAUUGCGGGCUGCUGAUGGUACAUCAGAAUUCUGCCCGCUUCUUUAAGAACGUAGCCUACGAUCGGAGCUACAGCGGUCUCGCUGAUGUAAGCGAGGAGGGCAGGCGGUUAGGCGAGGUGAUAGGGGACAAGGAGAUCUUGGUGAUGUGUAACCAUGGAGUCGUCGCCGCUAUGCCAAACACCGCGCAGGCGUUCGAUCACGUUUACUAUUUCGAACGCGCCAGCAUGUUUCAGGUGUUGGCAAUGUCGUGCAACAGUGAGUUGGAUUUGAUUCCGAAGCCCAUUCUUGAGUUGACCUGGAAUCAAUCGCGAAAGAAUUUGGAUUUUUUCGCCAAAUGCCACUUCGACGCAAUGAAGAGAGCUUUGCUGAGGAGGUGCCCUGACUUUGCCGACUAAUCUAGCUUCCGAUUUAUGUUGCGUGCGUCGAUCCCCUCAUCGCGAGUGUAGUAAAAAUGCAAAACGUUUUCACUAGCGAGACAAGUACUCACAGUUGUUGUUGCACUCACACUUCGCGCGAGCUGUGUGCGCUGUUCGCAGCAUAAACGUGCUAUAGCUGGCGCAGGUACUCUGCAGAUCAGCUGGUGUACUGAUACUCUCGUAUUGAUAACUAACAAGACGGUAUCGUUGUCUGUUAUUUACUCGUCUUGGCACCUGUUCGUUUUGCGGAUGUACAAGACAGCCAACGUGAGAACCAGCAUGUGUGGUUAAAUAUCGAGCGCGUGUAAUCUGCAAUGGAGGCAGUCGUUUAUCUGAUAUGCGGGCGCAUGCCCCUAUUUCGAUUAGCAUGUUGUCACGGGCACAUUUUUUAUCAUUCUAGUCGACAGCUUCCGAAGCCGAUGAAUUCCGCUCAUAAGUAGAACCACGGUAAGGUUCGUUGGCGGUUAUAACGGUGCGUGUGGUACGAGUGCAUAUAUAUAUGCACGUACGAGUACAUUCCCAUAUCCCAUGUACCUGUGAGUGUGGUUCAAGGGGUCGUUGUAUCGUUGUCGUCGUAUCAGGUACUACAGAUAUGUACCCGAGGUACAUGUAUGUAUACACAAAGUGUUCCAGACUUGUACU